UCUAUAUGCAUAUAUAUAAACACACGAACACAUCAUCUGUGAUUACAAAUAAAAUCCUAUAUUGCUCUGCUCUGAUUCAUUCUUUCAUUAUCGAAGUAGAACAUCAAUCGGCUGCUUCAGACUAGCAGGCAGGUGAGCGGGGGUGGUCACGUGAGGUGCACAUGGGGUCGGCGGAGUACGAGCCGCUGCUGCUGGGGCUGAACUCCCGCACGCGGAUACAGGACUUGUCCUUCAACGAGGUGGAGGAGUUUCUGGCGCAGAAGCCGGUGGCGGUGCGCUGGUGGCCGCGGCUGGUUGGCUGGGAGUCGAGGCUGCUCUGGCUCUUGUCCGGCGCCUCCAUCGUGGUUUCCAUCUUUAAUUACAUGCUCAGUUUUGUGACGCUCAUGUUCACGGGGCAUUUAGGGGCGCUCGAGCUCGCCGGGGCCUCCAUUGCCAGCGUUGGAAUUCAAGGCCUGGCUUAUGGCAUUAUGUUGGGGAUGGCUAGCGCUGUUCAAACAGUAUGUGGGCAGGCUUAUGGAGCGAAGAAGUACGGAGCAAUGGGGGUAAUAUGCCAGAGAGCAAUCAUCCUGCACUUGGGAGCAGCCAUUCUCCUCACAGUCAUCUACUGGUACUCGGGCACAAUCCUGCGAGCCAUUGGGCAGUCGGACAGCAUCAGUGCCCAAGGCCAGAUUUUUGCACGCGGUUUGAUCCUACAACUCUAUGCGUUUGCAAUUAGCUGCCCCAUGCAGAGGUUCCUGCAGGCCCAGAACAUUGUGAACCCUCUGGCUUACAUGUCCAUUGGGGUGUUCUUGCUCCAUGUGCCCCUCACCUAUUUGGUUGUUUAUGUGUUGGACUAUGGCCUUCUUGGGGCUGCUCUUACCCUCAGCCUCUCUUGGUGGAUUCUGGCCCUCAUAAAUGGGGCUUACAUUCUCUCUAGUCCAUCUUGUAAGGAGACUUGGCUUGGUUUCUCUGUUAAAGCUUUCGAAGGGAUAUGGCCUUACUUCAAGCUCACUGUCGCUUCAGCUGUCAUGUUGUGCUUGGAGAUAUGGUACAACCAAGGACUUGUGCUUAUAUCUGGCCUCCUUCCAAAUCCAACAAUCUCUUUGGACUCCAUUUCCAUCUGCAUGAACUACUGGAAUUGGGACAUGAUGUUUAUGUUAGGCCUGAGCGCUGCAGCCAGUGUUCGAGUGAGUAAUGAACUGGGGGCAGGUCGUCCUAUGGUUGCAAAACUCUCAGUGGUUGUGGUGAACGGAACAAGCAUCCUCAUCAGUAUCUUUUUCAGUGCAAUUAUUCUAAUAUUUCGGCUUGAAUUAAGCAAACUGUUUACCAGUGAUACUGAGGUCAUUGAGGCGGUUUCCAAGUUGACCUCAUUGCUAGCGAUCUCUGUUUUAUUAAAUGGGAUUCAACCCAUACUCUCAGGGGUGGCCAUUGGGUGUGGUUGGCAAGCUGUUGUGGCUUAUGUUAACCUAGCCACUUACUAUAUAAUAGGUCUCCCCAUUGGAUGUGUUCUUGGCUUCAAAACAAGUUUAGGAGUUGCAGGGAUUUGGUGGGGGAUGAUAAUUGGAGUUCUUUUACAGACAGUAACCCUUAUAAUAAUCACGGCCAGAACAAAUUGGAAGGCAGAGGUCAUCUCAUCUCCAUUCCAUUAUCUGAACUGUUUUUCAAUACGGCGAAUUGCAUUUUGGUGUACUGAUCCUCAAUGAAUGCUUUUGCAGGUUCAAAAAGCCGUUGACCGCUUGAAGAAAUCUGCAAAUGAAGAAGUCCUGACCUUGGUGGACAGCAUAUGAGCAUUUGCUGAGGAUACUGUUUUCUUUCUUAAUUUCAACUUAUCUACAUGAGCUAGCUUCCUACCAGCUGGUUUUUUCUGUGCUUUUUUUUUUUUUUUUCCCAAUUUUCCACUUCUUCUUUUUUUCUUUUUUUUUUCUUUUUUUAGGUUGAGUGAGUACGGAUCAAUGUUUGCCUACCAGCUUUUGUGAAAUUAUGUUUCUCGAAAAAUCCACUCAAUUUCUGCAUUUCCAAAAAGUAGAAAUUAUUGGCUCAUGUAUUGGCAAAGAGGUUCUGCUCCAAUAAUUUUGUGGAAGAUAAUUUUUGUUUUUCCAUGUCAAAA